AUUGUGUGAGGCGCGCAUAAAUGUAUACUUAAUUAAAUGUUCUGGUUAAUAAAAUUAACAAAAUGAGAUCAAUUUCAAAUUCAAAUAAAUUUGGCGCCCAAGAAGUGUGUGCACACCAUAAACUGAAUGUGGUGUUAUUUAGCAUCUAAUAGUCUGAAAAGUGCGGACACACUGAAAGACAUAACUUAUUGUUUCAGUUUGUUCUUCGUCAAAUAAAAACGUGUAAAUAAAGGGUUUUCAAGGAAAGAACAGUACAAAAUGCCCACGGAAAUCGAGAACAUCAACCCCAAUGUCUAUGACAGGAUCAAGGAAAGGGUAUUAACCGCCAACGAAGAAGACGAAAGCGUGCCGGAUCCAUUUGACAAACGAGAGAUUUUUGAUCUCAUUAGAAAUAUAAAUGACCCGGAACAUCCCUUGACCCUGGAGGAGUUGCAUGUGGUGCAGGAAGAUCUCAUCCGGAUAAACGAUGGCCAGAAUUCCGUGCACAUCAGCUUCACCCCGACGAUUCCCCAUUGCUCGAUGGCCACUUUGAUUGGCCUUUCCAUCCGGGUGAAGUUGCUCCGCUCGCUGCCACCCCGCUUCAAGGUCACCGUGGAAAUAACGCCCGGCACGCACGCCUCCGAGCUGGCGGUGAACAAGCAACUGGCGGACAAGGAACGAGUGGCCGCCGCUCUGGAGAACAAACACCUCGCCGAGGUGAUCAACCAGUGCAUCGCCGCCAAGGGUUAACUACAUGAUUUUAUCCUCGUUUUGGAUAUAUGUAUAAAUACAAUUAUGUUGGUUUAGUAAUAAUAAUAUUGGUUUAAAAGAAGUUUGUGCCAGCUUCACCUUUCCGAAA